CGCCGCGCGGCCCCUCUGGAAGGGAGAGAAGCGAGGCGCUCGGGACUCUGCCGCCUUCGGGCGCACCGUGGGCGGCGGCAGUGGGAGACCCCCGAAAGACGCCCGCCUCUGCCCACCCUCUCCCUCUCCCCGGGAAAAGCGAACCUCGAGAGGUGGAACAAAGGCGAAACCCAGCCGGGGAGGCGGACCGAGUAGCCUCGUUUGAUUGUCAGUCACAACGUGAAAAAAAAAAAAAGCCCAAAACCCUGAUUCCUUUGCCUUGGGAAAUAGUAACCCUGACGAAUACACCUGCUUGCAGAGGACAGAGGAUGUGAUGGAGCUGCUUGAAGAAGAUCUUACGUGCCCAAUUUGUUGCAGUCUGUUUGAUGAUCCCCGAGUUUUGCCUUGCUCACACAACUUUUGCAAAAAAUGCUUAGAAGGGCUCUUAGAAGGGAAUGUGCGGAAUUCGUUGUGGAGGUCAUCUCCAUUCAAGUGCCCCACGUGCCGUAAGGAAACUUCAGCUUCUGGAGUCAACAGCCUGCAGGUUAAUUACUCCCUGAAGGGUAUUGUGGAGAAGUACAACAAGAUCAAGCUCUCUCCCAAAAUGCCAGUGUGCAAAGGACACUUGGGGCAGCCUCUCAACAUUUUUUGCCUGACUGAUAUGCAGCUGAUUUGUGGGAUCUGCGCUACUUGUGGUGACCACACCCAGCAUGUCUUCUGUUCUAUUGAAGAUGCUUAUGCUCAGGAAAGGGAUGCCUUUGAGUCCCUCUUCCAGAGCUUUGAGACCUGGCGUCGGGGAGAUGCUCUUUCUCGCUUGGAUACCUUGGAAACUAGCAAAAGGAAAUCUCUACAGUUACUGACUAAAGACUCAGAUAAAGUGAAAGAGUUUUUUGAGAAGUUACAACACACAUUAGAUCAAAAGAAGAAUGAAAUCUUGUCUGACUUUGAGACCAUGAAACUUGCGGUUAUGCAAGCCUAUGACCCAGAAAUUAACAAACUCACCACCAUCUUGCAGGAACAACGAAUGGCCUUUAACAUUGCUGAGGCCUUCAAAGACGUGUCAGAACCAAUCAUAUUUCUGCAGCAGAUGCAGGAGUUCAGGGAGAAAAUAAAAGUCAUCAAGGAAACUCCUUUACCUCCCUCUAAUUUGCCCACAAGCCCUUUAAUGAAGAACUUUGAUACCAGCCAGUGGGAAGACAUAAAACUGGUAGAUGUGGAUAAACUCGCUUUGCCUCAAGACACUGGCACGUUCAUUAGCAAGAUUCCCUGGAGCUUUUAUCCGUUACUUGUGGUAGUCAUCCUGCUUGGCUUUCUCGUUUUCCUCGGUCCUGCUAUAUUCCUAGAAUGGUCGUUCGUUGAUGAAUUCUCAACCUGGAAAGACCAUCUUUCACACUUCAGUUCCUAUCUGACUAAAUCACCUGAUUUUGUGGAACAAUCGAUUUUUUACUGGGAACAGGUGACAGAUGGGUUUUUCAUUUUCAGUGAAAGAUUCAAGAAUUUUACUUUGGUGGUGCUGAAUAAUGUGGCAGAAUUUAUGUGCAAAUACAAACUAUUAUAAAAUCUGUUUCAAGUA